UUACAUCUCUUCUUGAGUUCCCCCACUUUUGACUAUAAAUUCUUCCAAUUUCUUCAUAUAAACCUCCUCCAAGAGAACCAAAUUCUUCACCCACCACCGUCCGGCCUACAAGUAUAAAAGAGAGAAUUUGAUUCUUAAGAGAUAUUCAAGCAAUCUUGGUGAUAAUUUCGAAUGAAAACAUCGUUUUGUGAAGGGAAUAAGGAUGUCAAAUAUACCAACAUCUCUCUCUGAAGUAUGCCUCACUGUCUGUCGUCUUACCAUGUCCAUCGCUGACCCAUGGUCUUCUCCCCUUUCUCCUGAAUUUCUCUUUCCUUUAACAAAACCCAUAAAAUCAGUCUCGUUUUUUACACAUUAAAAUCAGCUCAAUUUCGAAAGCCUCUGUAUUCGUUUUUGUAAUCUGUCACCGAAAAAAAACCCAUGAGAAAGAUAAGAGGAUUCAAGAUUGGGAAACGCUUGAUCCGGUUCACGAGAUGGGUCAUCCGAAAAUCAAGGAGUAGAUCCGGAUACCAUCGUUUAGCUUCACCGGACGCGUCAUGCAAAAGCAAAUCAAUUUCGAAACUCGUCAACUGGGGUCGUCGGUUAACAAACGGAGCGAAAUCUCUCUGCUUUACAAAACUCAAAUCGGGUUACAUCCCGAUGGAUAAUGACCCAAUUAACGAGAAACCAGUUGAAGUACCGAAAGGAUACUUGGCUGUUUAUGUUGGACAAAAAGACGGUGAUUUUCACAGGGUUUUAGUGCCUGUGAUUUAUUUUAACCAUCCUUUGUUUGGUCAGCUUUUGAGAGAAGCCGAGGAAGAGUAUGGGUUUCACCAACAGGGUGGUAUUACAAUCCCUUGCCGCUAUUCAGAGUUCGAGCAGGUCCAGACCCGGAUAGCUGCCGGCUCACGUUCCCGGAAGAUGACGUGGAAACGCAACUAUUAAACGUUGUGAAUGAUGGAUGAUGACGACGACGACGAUAAAUAUUACACGAUAUAACGGUGGAGAUGGCGUUAUAGGAUUUUUGAUUAGGUAGUGCUUUUACUUUCCUUUUUCACUUUUUUCCACUUUUAUUUUUUCUUUUUUAAGCAUAAUGUAAUUUAGAUGUACAUUUAUACAAGUCGUGCUUUUGGCUCUAA